AUGGGCUGCUGCUGCUGCUGCCUCCUCCUCGCCCUCCUCCUCCUCCCGGCAGGACUGGGUGAUGACUCCACAGCAUCACCCCUCACCCCCGCCAGCCCUCCUUUCCCCUCGGAGGGGAUCCCAGCGGGGCCAGGCUCCAGGGAUGCAGCUGUCCCCGUGCCAGCUCCUGGCCAGCCCUCGCUGCCCAUGUCCUCGGGACCUGCCGGAGAUGGGGCAUCCUCCAGGCUGGUGGAGAGAGAUGGCCACAAUGCCACCCCUGCGGCGGCACUGUCCCCUGCUCCUGCCUCCGUCACCGUGAGCUCCAUCACCACAGCUACCAUCACCACAGCAGACAGCCCAUCUGUAGCCUCCAACCCCAGCUCGGUGCCACCAACCUUGGAGACAACCCCGGGUCUUCGGACAGCAAAUACUGCCAACUUGGCAAGAGGCACGAUGGAUUUGGGGGCAGCUUCCAGCCCCACGGGUAUACCUGCAUCAUCAUCCUCCUCCUCCCUCCCCACCAGCAACCUGUACUCAUCCCCCGGGACGGUAUUGUCCCCAACGCCUGUCCUCAUGAGCCCUGGCACCACCCAGCCACCAGCGCUGACCAAGGACAUCCCUUCCCUGGGGACGCUGGCCAAGGCAUCAAGCCUGGCUGUGGAGCCAACGUCCCCCCCAGUGACUGUGACGAGCCCCACCGCGGCCGAGGCCAUGGCCACUGGCAAAACCACCCUCUCCACCGGAGUCACCAUGGAAGAGGUCCCGCGUGCCUUGAGCGCUGGGAGCAUCGUGGCCAUAACCGUGACGGUCAUCGUGGUGGUGGUGCUGGUUUUCGGGGCAGCGGCGUACCUCAAGAUCAGGCACUCCUCCUAUGGCAGACUUUUGGAUGACCACGACUACGGCUCCUGGGGCAACUACAACAACCCUCUCUAUGACGACUCCUAGCAGGGACAAAGCAAAAAAAAUUAAAAAAAAAAAUCCUUAAUUUAUAAGCGCUUCUGCAGCAGAGCAUCCGCUGUCGAGGAGGUGCCCGGAUGCCAAGCCACUGCUGCGGGCAGGAUUACGGCGGGUCCGACGGAUGACAGGCGACCGGAGGGUGGGCGUGCUGUGCCCACAAUAAACCGGAAUUUUGGCCUUUGCGUAGGAAACUCUGGGUCCAGGGGCAUGUCGGUCCCUUGUUUUGUAGGCAAGGGAACCCAAAUUCCCCAGGGGGGAGGUAAAGGGAGAAGAUGGAGAUUCAACCAGUGCCAUGGCAUCCUUUGAAACGCUGCUGCCCCAUGGCUCAGGGAGGGGGACAUGGGGGCUGCUGAGCCAGUGGCAGGUGGGGGUCUGCCCUGCUUUCACAUGCCCCUUCCUCCGAAAUCACCUCCCUGCAUUGCCCUGCUGUGAAAUCCUUCGCCUUGUCCUGCCAGGAAUGACGAGCAGUUAUGGGGCUGCUCCAUCACCCCUCCCUUUCUUUUUCUGCAGGUGCUUCUGCACAGAAGCUUGUCAGCUCAUUUAUUUCCAUUUAAUUGUGGUUCCCCCCCACCCCAAACACAGCCUGGGAGCCUGUGGGAAGGUGCAUUGACCACCCACGCUGCUGGGCCGAGAGGUGCCCCAUUUCACACAUGUGGGUGCUUGCUCUGCAGCUUUAUUUUUAAUCUGUGAAAAACUUGGCCGCUAAAAUACAGCGAAACAUUUUUUUAAUCCCCAAUGUAUGUGUUCACCUACUAGCGUGUGAAGCCGGGGGGUGGCUGAUGGUAGGGCUGGUUUGGGGAGGGGAUGCUCACCCCAGCCCACGUCCCCUUGCUUGGCUGCUUCUACCUUGGGCUAAAUCCCCCAGCAAUGAAAAGCAAAGCCCUCAGCUUGUGUGGCCUUGAUAAAUAAAUCUGCACCAGCAAAGGUUUGGGGCAUCCUAGCAG